AUGCCCCGCGACGUCCUCGAAGAGCUCGUCUUCCUCGAGUUCCUCUGCGACUGGCGCCGCCUCGAGACUGUCGUCACCAAGGCCGACCUCGUCGAUCUCCUCAACGUCUACGAGGCGUCGGUCCGCUGCUCGCCGCAAUUCGAGACCUGGUGGCGUCUCCUACGUGACAAGAGCGACGGGAGCAGCCUCGUGGCGAGCCGGCUCAAGGUCAGGGGUAUCCUGCAAGGCGAUGGCGAUGCGCGCAACCCGUACAUGUGGCACCGCCGCGCACUCGAGAAGGAGACGCAAAUGCAGUCGACGCGCUCGCACACUAAAGACGUCACCAAGACGCUCCAGGUCCGGCUCGUCUACGCCGACGCGUUUCAGUUUGACGUCCGGAAGUGGACCCAAGUCGCGAUUCAUGUGCUGCGGACGCAGCCCACGUGGAUGACGACCAACCUCUUUGGCCAGGCCAAGACGAUGGUGUCCCAGAACGUCGAGCCGAAAGCCUAUGCGACCGCGAUCGUCGAGGCCAUGAAGCUCGACCCGCGCAUGGUCUAUUCGCUCGACAAGAAGAGCCGGGGCGUCUUUGCCCGCGCCAACGGCGCGUACGAAGCCAGCAUGGCGCUCUCGCUCGACGCCGCGGUUGUCAAGUUUACGGCCAUGGCACAGGCGACGCUGCAGCACGUGUCGUGGUUCCCCGUGGCGACGAUCCUCGCCGAGGCCCGGCGCCGGCGCGGGUUUCCUUGCCUCCGCUACAAGGCCAAGAAGGCUGUCGAGUCGCCCGAAGAAGCCGCCGACGACGCAUUCGCGCAGAGCGUUGCGGAAGCCAUGCGCCGGAAUCCGAGCCUCGCGUUCGUCCAAGGCCAGGUCCAAGGCCACGAGUGGAGCGACGGCUACUUUACGUUGCCGCAUGAAGCACCACGUGCACCGGCCGCGUCGCUUCGCGUCGCAGUCAACGCCGACAAGGCUCUCCGACGCAUGACAAGAAUCAUUUUGACGGACCUGGAGCUCCACGCGUCCUUUCCGUUGCAGCGCAUCCGAGUCGAGGCGUGCCCGCCGGGCUGGAGUGCCGACGGGAUCUACGCCUACCUCGUCAAGCGUCUCUGCCUUGACGACCGACUGCAUCUCAAUGGCGAUCACUUUGUGCGUGCUGUCAAGCUCGACGUCGCGAGUGCCGCAAGCUACCUCUUGGCGGACGUGCUGGAAAAGCUGGCGACGCAGCCGACGGUAUCGUAUGCGUACAUUGCAGCGAAAGCUGCCAAGCUGCAGCCCGAAGGCCUCGUGACGCUUGACGAGUACGUCGGUGGCAUCAUCGACCGCCUGCGCGCUGACGACCGCGUUCUCUACGGUGCGGACGCGCUCGGGCGCGGCAACUUUGGCCUUGCAAACAACCCGCGCCUCCAGCUCUUACCGUUUACCGACGGCGAUGCUGCCUUUCUCGCCAAAGCCGAGGCGCCGACACCCGCUCGUCACGUGCCACGCGCCAUUGUCACUCGAUGCAUUCGCAUUGCACGUGAUCACUGGAACGACCCGCUAGCAAGUGAUACCAUUUUUGGCGUGCGUGAGAUUCUGGCCGCAGCACAGCUGGAUCCGGAUGCUGGCGAUGUGGAUGGCCUCGUGCGCGCAAUGGUGGAGACGGACACGCGACUGCGCUUUGUACCGCACAGCAUGAGCGAGGUCGUGCUCGAUGGCGGGUUUGCGCUGGCCAUACAGGAGAAGCGGAAGCGCUCAGGCAGAGGCGAUGUUCACCCCCACAUCGACUGGUAUACCCCCCAUGCGAUCGCACUGCCAGACGACAUCAGCCAAGAGCGCGCCGAAGCGACCCCCGAGGUCGACGUGCAGGAGCAGCGGAUGUGGCGUCCCGAGGCUGCAUACACCCCUGACGACAACGUCCGUUCGGAGCCAGUCCAGAUCCCACUACGCAUUCUGCGCUUCGAGUAG